UAGACACUUAUCUUGACAUCCGGAAGUGAAUGUAGAAGUCUGGGGUCACCAUGGGAAGUAAAAUGGCGGCGGCCAGCAGGGUCGUUCAGACUGUGAAGCCCCAUGUACCUACAAUUAGGUUUCCUGAUAGGAAGAACGGUCCUAAGCCUAAUGUACAAGAAGUCUUAAAAUCCAUGAUCUUUCCGUUCACUACACCCCCGAUAACUGCACAUCAAACAGCCAGUGAUAACCCUCCAGGAAAUCAAAACAUAUCGUCCAUCCGUAAGGCACAAGGGACACCAGACACAUCUGAAUUACUGAGGUCACUUCCACAGAAAUACAGAAGAAAAUCCAUGUCUAAUGAGGAAAUGGAAUAUAUCCAACGUGGAGGUCCUGAAUGAAGCUUUAAGCCGGUGCUGAAUACCACCAGUAUACCACUAUGGUGUUACAACGUUCUUGUCUUUGUUCAAUGAUGCACACAGAAUUGUAAACUAGUAGCUUUAAUAAAAAGAUUCUUCUAAUUCCUUGUGCCAGUGAGGCGCUUUCAAAAUAUCUGGAAUCUUUGUUUAAAAGAAGUAACUGUAGAAAAAUUUAUGACAUUUUGUAUAAAUAUAAUUAUCCAAUUAAAUUGUUUUUUUUUUU